AUGGCGGCCUCCGGCUGGGCGCGCACCGCCGUGGUUUUUCUCUGUGCAUGUGAUCUGAUGCUGCUCCUGCUGUUGCCGCCGAGGGCCUUCGCCGCCGAGGGCCCGGCCGAGACACCCGGCGAGGCCACCCCACCUCCCCGGAAGAAGAAGAAGGAUAUUCGCGACUACAACGACGCCGACAUGGCUCGUCUUCUGGAACAGUGGGAGAAAGAUGACGACAUAGAAGAAGGAGACCUCCCAGAGCACAAAAGACCCUCUGCACCGAUAGACUUCUCCCAGAUAGACCCGGGCAAGCCCGAGAGCAUACUGAAGAUGACGAAGAAGGGCAAGACGCUCAUGAUGUUUGUCACCGUGUCAGGAAAGCCCACCGAGAAGGAGACGGAGGAGAUCACCAGCCUGUGGCAGGGCAGCCUUUUCAACGCCAACUAUGACGUCCAGAGGUUCAUCGUGGGGUCAGACCGUGCCAUCUUCAUGCUGCGUGAUGGGGGCUACGCAUGGGAGAUCAAGGACUUCCUGGUCAGUCAGGACAGGUGUGCUGACGUGACCCUGGAGGGCCAGGUGUACCCUGGCAAAGGGGGAGGAAGCAAAGAGAAGAAUCAAACCAAGCAAGAGAAGGGCAAGAAAAAGAAGGAGAGAGACCCGAAACCCCGGGCUUCGAAGGAAGACAAUCGGGCUGGGAGUAAGAGGGAAGAGCUGUGA